AUGGCGCCGCAGUUCUCGACCGGCCUCAAUCUCCCCAACAAGAAACCCGGCCCAAAGCCAGGGAAUGCCUUCGGACAGAAGCGCAAGAACAUAUUCGACGAUGACUCAGGAGACGAAGCAUCCAACAAUGACGUCGCAGAAGAAGUCUCAACCCUCGGCGGUCUAGACGCGCCAGCCCCGAAACCCUCCAAACCCUUUAAACCAUCCUCCGCCGCAGCCUCGGGCCCGCCACCGAAACGAAAGAUGCAAUUAGGACUCGGAACGGGAAAACCAAAUAUCAAACCACUGACCAAAAGCUCAAUUUUCGCCGACGACGAAGACGAAGAUGAGGAGAAGGAAAAAGCACAGCAAGGAGAAAUGCACCUGGGCCUCAACCAAUCGAAGAAGCCACCUGUACCCGGUCCUGGCAAAGAAUUCACCAAUCUCUCCGCACUACACAGUAGCAAAAAGCACGCAAAGGAAGCCGAAGAACUGGAUCCAUCAAUUUACUCCUACGACACCGUAUACGAUAGUCUACACGCCAAGCCCGAAAAAUCCAACACAUCCGCCGAAGCGAGCGAAGUACCAAAGUACAUGACGAACCUGCUGCGUAGUGCGGAGAUCCGGAAACGCGAUCAGACGCGCGCGCGGGAUCGCCAGCUCGCCAAGGAGCGCGAGGCGGAGGGUGAUGAGUUUGCGGAUAAGGAGAGCUUUGUUACGGGCGCUUAUAAGAAGCAGCAGGAGGAGUUGCGGCAAAUGGAGGAAGAGGAGGAGAAGAGAGAGAAGGAGGAGGAAGAGAGACGGAGGAAGAAUGGUGGUGCGGGGAUGGAGCGACAUCAGGAAGUUGUCAAGGCUGCUGAAGAAGCGGCUAGCCGGGUCAAGGCUGGUGAGACGACCGAGGACUCGACGAAGGACAACGAUGAUAAGACGGAAGCUCAGAAGGCGGCUGAACUUAAUGACAAGGGAGGUCGUGUUGCUGUCAAUGAUGAGGGCCAGGUGGUUGAUAAACGCCAGCUGCUUACUGCGGGAUUGAAUGUGGCACCGAAGCCUAAGACUACAGCUUCUACAGCUCCCAAAGCGGCAGCGCGACCUGCUGGACGACCUGGGGCCAACUUUGGAGCUCAGGGUCGGGCUGGGCAGCGUGCUCGCCAGACCGAGAUGGUUGCCUCUCAAUUGGAGGAACGUGCGCGAAAGGAGGAAGAGGCCGAGGCCGCGAAGCAGCGGGAGAUUGCCGAGAAGAAUCGCAGUGCGAAGACAUCUGGAGAAGUGUUAAGUGCGAAGGAGCGAUACUUGGCCAGAAAGCGGGAAAGGGAAGAGGCGGCGGCGAGAGAGAAGGCGGAUGCGAAGUGA